UCCGAGCCAGACUAUAUAAGCGUCUCUUCUCCCAGCUGAAGCCACUUCUCUCUCUGAGCUCCCUCUAAAGGAGGUUUCAGGAUGAAGCUCCUUUUUGCAGCUGCCUUUGCACUCUUUGCGCUUUCUACCUUUGACCUGGUAGAUUCCUCUGCUUAUGAUAAAAUAGUGAGCCACAGCCGCAUAAGGGCAAAGAAAGAAGGCCCGAAUGUGUGUGCACUCCAGCAUGUGCUGGGAACCAGGAAGAAGUACUUCAGUACUUGCCGUAAUUGGUACCAAGGAACCAUCUGUGGAAAGAAAGCUACUGUUGUCUAUGAGUGCUGUCCAGGAUACAUGAGGCUGGAUGGUACGCAUGGCUGUCCUGCUGUUGCUCCCAUUGACCAUGUGUACGGCACCCUUGGUCUGGUGGAUGCAGUCACCACACAGCAGUACUCGGGCUUGUCCAAACUGAGGGAGGAGAUUGAAGGACCGGGAUCUUAUACCUUCUUUGCCCCCAGUAACGAAGCUUGGGAUCUUUUAGAUACGGAAGUGAGGGGUGCUUUGGUGAGCAAUGUCAACAUUGAGCUGUACAAUGCUCUGCACUACCACAUGGCUAACAAGCGCCUCCUCACCAAAGACCUGAAGAAUGGACUCACUAUCAAGUCUAUGUACAAUGAUCUUACUCUCUUCAUCAACCACUAUUCCAAUGGGGUGGUCACUGUGAACUGUGCCCGGAUCAUUCAUGGGAACCAGGUGGCCACCAAUGGAGUGGUGCAUGUCAUCGAUCGUGUUAUCACCGCUGUGGGCAACACCAUUAGGGAUGUGCUUGAUAUCGAGGACGAUCUGUCUUCUCUGAAUACUGUGGCUUCUAAUGCUGGUCUGUUGGAGAAGUUGGGCAAGCCUGGCCACUUCACUCUGUUUGCUCCCACCAAUGAUGCCUUUUCGAAGCUGGACAAAGAAGUAAUGGACAGACUCAUGGGUAACAAAGGUGCCCUCCAAGCCCUGUUCAAUUACCACCUCUUGGACUCAGUCCAGUGCUCCGAGGCCAUUAUGAGUGGCACCUCAUAUGAGACUGUGGAGGGCAGCAACAUCGAAAUUGGCUGUGAUGGAGACAGCCUCACCGUUAACGGCGUCAAGAUGGUGCUCAAGAAGGAUAUUGUCACCAGUAAUGGUGUUAUUCACCUGAUUGAUCAGGUGCUCAUUCCAGACUCAGCUAAGCAGGUGAUGGAGCUGGUUGGCCAGUCACAGUCCACCUUCGGUGAUAUGGUGUCAGAAUUGGGUCUGGCAGCAGUCAUGAGACCGAAGGCCGAGUACACACUGCUGGCUCCCCACAACACAGUCUUCAAUGACGAGGUCAUGUCCAUGGACCAGAGUCUCCUGAGAAUCAUUCUGGAAAACCACAUCCUGAAGAACAAGAUUGUGUUGAGUCAGCUGUUUAAUGGCCAGCGUCUGGAGACUCUGGGGGGAAAGUUUCUCAGGGUGUUUGUCUACCGCACAGCUGUCUGCAUUGAGAACGCCUGCUUGAUUCGCGGAAGCAAAGAGGGAAUCAACGGCGCUCUUCAUCUCAUGAAGACUCUCAUCAAACCAGCUGAAUCCAACAUGUUCCAGUUGCUGACUGAUCAUGGAGGCUUCAAGAUCUUUUUGUCUCUGGUGGAGGCGGCUGGUCUGACUGAUUUGCUGAAGCAGGAGGGAGAUUUCACCCUGUUUGCCCCAAGUGAUGAGGCCCUUGCUGGACUCACUGAGAGAGACAUCACCGUUCUGAAGAGUGAUCCCAAUGCCCUCAGAGCCAUCCUGCUCUACCACUUCAGCAAAGGCAUCUUCAUUGGCGGAGGCUUGGAGUCUGGAGUCACUAAUCUGCUCAAAUCUCUCCAAGGCAGCCUCCUCAAAGUCUUGUUUGGGAAUAAUGGCAUGCAAGUGAACACUGUGCAGGUUCCCAAGUCUGAUUUCAUGGCUUCAAAUGGAGUCAUUCACGUCACCAAGAGCCUUCUGUACCCUGAAGAUAUUCCUGUUGGAAGCCAAGAGUUCCUCACACUCCUGAGAAGGUUCAUCAAGUACAUCCAGAUCAAGUAUGUAUCAGGCUACAGAUUUCAGGAGAUUCCACUGACAUUCAUGAAGAAAAUCAUCACAGUUCCCGCAGUUACCAAAGUGACUCGAGUUAUUCAGGGACAACCCUCUGUUACUAAGGUUACACGUGUUAUUGAGGGAGCGCCAACCCUUACCAAGGUUACAAGGGUCACUGAAGGUGAACCAACCAUCACCAAGGUUACAAGGGUCAUAGAAGGAGACCCGUCUCUUACCAAAGUGACCCGAGUUGUUGAAGGUCCUGAGAUCUUAUUCAGCAACAUUGCCGAUAUGGAGCACAAUGGGCCUCAGACAGAGUUCUUUAAUCUGGACAGAGAUGCUGAGAAACUUACCCACACCAUUCAAGAUGUAAGACGAGUCCCAGGAAGGCGUGUGCCAGCUGGAGUCAGAAGGAGAACCAGGAUGACCAGCCAACCCAAGACUCAGUGAGAUGGGAAAAACAAAUGGACCCUUCAAUGUUUAAAAGAGAUCAGGGGUUCAAGAGAAUCACUUGUUUUAAAAGGAAAAAAAGUGGCCUCUCUUAGUAAGAUACUUUUGGAUGAGUCCGAUUGGAACUUGGUUUAAACCAAAGAGAAAUGAAAUUAUAUCGAGUCAGGGUUUGUUGUUUGUUAAUCCAGAGAGGAAAUUCAAUAUUAAAUUGUCCCUGUGUAUGUACAUAAUUUUUAUAGGUUUUUGUUUGUUUUUUUUUCUUUUUUUUUCUUUUUUCAAAUCAUUUUUGUUUUGUAGACGGUUACAUCCGGAACAGACUGUUACUGAAAAUUCACUCAGUCCAGUGAAAACAAUCUCAAAGGCAAGAUGUGGAACUUUCACACAUCUGUAUAUGUUUUUAAACACGUUUAAAAAAAGAAACGUCAAAUUCCAUUCAGUUUGUUCUGUACCCGGAUGUGUUUCAGAAGAUAUAUCUGAGCAUAUGGUUAACUCUUUAAACCAAGAUGGAACAUGAAUCCAGAUUUUGUUGGGUUGAGGUUUACUUCUGCAUGGCCAAAGAUUUCGUGGUGCUCAUGUUAACUAUUUGUUUCUUUUUAAAAAAUAAAAGUUUGCAAGAUUUUGAUAAAGGAAAGACUCCUUGGUUUAUUUUUCACAGAGUAUCAGUCUUUUUUCUGUUUUGGUUGUGUAUAGCAUUUUAGUUACACCGUCUGCACCAGGUUCAUGUACAGUGGAUAUAAAAUGUCUACACACCCCUGUUAAAAACAGCAGUGAAGGAAACCAGGAAUAAUCAUGUCAGAACUUUUCCCAUAUUUAAUGUGAUAUAGCAACCAAUGAACUUCAAUUGAAAAACAAAUAGAAAUGCUUUGGGGGGGGGGAAGAAAAAAAAAAGUGCUAGUUACCCCUUUAUGUGUUAGCACCCCAUCUUUUUGGGUCUACCAACUUAGCACAUCGUGAUUUGUAAAUUUUAUUUCACUCUUCCUUGCAAAAAUGCUCCAGAUCUACACUAUAUGGUCAAAAGUUAGCGGACAACUGACCAUCACAGCCAUAUGUGCUUUUUGAAUAUCUCAUUCCAGAUUUAGUCCCCCUUUGCUGUUAUAUUAACCUCCACUCUUCUGGGAAGGAUUUCCACUAGAUUUUGGAGUGUGGCUGUGGCAAUUUGUGUCCAUUCAGUCACAAGCGUAUUAGGCACCAAUGAGGUUAGGCACCAGUGUCUGAUAUCGGGUGAGGAGGCCUGGUGUGCAUUUGCCAUUCCACUUCAUCCCAAAGGUGUUCAGUGGGGUUGAGGUCAGGGUUCUGUGCGGUCCACUUGAGAUCUUCCACUCCAAUCUUGGCAAACCAUAUCUUCAUAGACCUCACUUGCAUAGGGUCAGUGUCAUGCUGGAACAGGUUUGGGCCCUUAGUUUCAAUGAAGGGAAACUGUAAUGCUACAGCAUACAAAUACAAUUGUGUGCUUCCAACAUUAACUGGCAACAGUUUGGGGAAGAACCACAUAUGGGUGUGAUGAUCAGGUGUCCACAAACUUUUGGUCAUAUAGUGUAUCAAACUAUGAGGGGAUCUCUUGUGCACAGCCCGCUUCAAGUUACAGGGGGUUUUUGAUAGAAUUUAGAUCUGGGCUCUGACUGGGCCAUUCCAAAAUCUCAAUCAUCUUCUUCUGAAGCCAUUCCUUUGUUGGCUUGGAUUUGUGCUUUGUUUUGUUCCCAGGCUGGAAGGUAAUUUUUUUUCUUCACCUUCACCUGUCUAACAGAAGCCUGCAGGUGCCAAAAUGGAUUUGUAUUUGGAGCUAGCCAUAAAUCCCCCUAUCUUGACAUAGUCCCAGCUGAAGAGAGCACAUUUUGCUACAUGGUUUGGUGGAAUUUAGGUGGGCUUGGAUAUUUUUUUUUUUUCAACAAGAAAGGGCUUCCAUCUAGCCACCCUACCCCAUAGCCCAAGCAUAUGAAGAAUACAAGAGAUUGUGCAGCUGUUAUGUGUAUGGAAUGACCAGUAUUUGCCAGAUCUGCAGCUCCUUCAAUAUUGCAGAGGUCUCUUGGCAGCCUCCCUGAUAAUUUUUUGUUUUGUUCUUUCAUCAAUUUUAUAGGGACGUCCUGUUCUUGGUAAUGUCACUGUGCUGCUCCAUUUUCUCCACCUAUUGGUGAUGGCCUUCGCAGUGUUCCUUGGUGCAUCUAAUGUUUUGGAAAUUCUUUUGGUACCCCUCUCUGUUCUAUCUGAUAUAUAGAAUUGAUAUCUUUCAACAGUGAAAUCCCACAGAUGCAUAGUAAGCUCCUUGCAGACCAUGGCUUCAGCAGUCAGACGAAACCAAGAAGAUGUCAAGAAAAUCCUACAGAAACAGCUGAUCUUUAUUUGGGGUUAACUUAGAAUAAUUUCAUUGAUGACAGCUGUAUGAUAAUUACUUUUGAACAUGAGAUUGAAUGUGAUUGGUUCGUUCUGAACACAGCCACAUCCCAGUUAUAAAAGGGUGUGCACAUUUAUACAACCAUUUUAUUGUAACUUUUUUAUUUUUCCUUUUUUCCCUAAAAUGUAUCUGAUUGUUUUUCACUUAAUUUCUAUACACUGUAAUUAUACACUGAGGAUGGAAAAGGUUCUGACAUGAUUUAUCUUGGUUUGAUUUAUUUUUUUUUUCAUCACAAAAACCUGCCAUUUUAACAGGGGUGUGUAGACUUCUCAUAUCCACUUUAAUUACUUUUGAAUAAGUUUGAAUGUGAUCGGUUAAUUCAGAGCACAGUAACAUGCUCCAUUAUAAAAUGGUGUGCACACAUAUGCAACCAGGUUAUUGUAAGUUUUUUUUUGUCUAUUCUAUUCUGUUUCUAUUUGUUUUGCACUUGAUUUUUGUUGGUUGCUAUAUCACAUUAAAAAGAUGACAUGAUUCAUCACAGCUUCA